AAUCUUCAUCAAUGGAAGUCUAACCAAUUGACUGACUUUGCAGUGACAACAAACUGUUGGAAUGGAGACUGACCAAGCAAAACGUGUUCCUUCUUUCGUAAAUUAAAAACCCAAAAAGAAGAAGACAUCUGAUAACGAUGUUGUUCGUUUAUAUAAUCUGGCCGGCGCUGUUCCAUCUCUUUCAAUCCUGGCCGUCCAUCCGCUUCAACGGUCGACCUGGUUAGAAUGUUCUCGACGGUUUCGAUUGAGUCGACGUUGACCUCCGUGAUUCCCGUGCAAAUGGCCUGCGGCGAUCUUAUUAUUUUUUCUGAAAUGCCCACGAAUGUUUUGAUUCGUCAGAGAUGAAGGAGGUAAUGGUUCGAAUCAACAACGUUGCCCGUAAAAGUCGAGGUUUUUCCGCAAGUACUUAACUAUGCAGUGAUCGGCGGGAUGAAUUUCUAUUUCCAUCUGCCGAUUCCCUGUUGAAAUUGAAGAGAACUGUACCAAAAGGUACUGGACUGGAGAGGCCCACCAGUAUCCAGCAAAUGAGAGCCAUGCACAAGUCUCGAUUAACCUAACUAGGGUUGGGUUGUGAACAUUUUCUAAAGACCGCCAUUUUUGUCACUCUGCAGUGGGAAUUGGGCAAAGAAUCUGAAACUCUUUCUAAAGUCUUCUCCUUUUCUUUCGCGAUUUCCCGGAAGACGAACUAUGAAUGCCGCCAUGUUCAAGAGGUCCACUUCUCAAGUUGCUUCGCCGGCACCGAUCAUCGCUGCUGCUCCAAAAUUCGUGAAAAUCGUAGCCUUUUCGCUUCUUCCCAUCACCAUCUUCUUUCUCUUCAAGUAUUUCUCUGUUUCUGUAACACAUACACCCCAAAAUCACAAUCUUUCUUUCUUUAACCUCACCGCUGUAGUCACCGACUAUCGACCGCCGGCGCCGGCGCCUCCUCCUCGGCCGUUGUUUGAGAGAACAGGAAUCAUAGAUGAGAUGGGGAUAAUGACUGAUGACUUUGUGGUGGGAGAAUUUGAUGAAGGGCUCAUACAGAGUAUGGUAAUGAAUGCCGAUGUCAAUGGCAGCAGCGACAAGGAAAGGGGCGAUUUCAAGAAAGUGAUUAAACAUGAGAAAUUUAGGGUUUGUGAGGAUAGUUUGAGCAACUAUAUUCCUUGUCUGGGCAACGCAGAAAGUUCUUCUAGGUUAAAUUCGUCGACCAAGGUUGAACAGUACAAAAGGCAUUGCCAUGAGAAUGGCAGAGGAUUGGAUUGUUUGGUGCCAUGGCCAAAAGGAUACAAGCUUCACAUUCCAUGGCCUAAAAGCCGUGAUCAGGUGUUGUUUGACAAUUUGGCAUUUGUGCAUUCGGAUUUCGAUAAAGAUGAUCAAAACUGGAUAUCAAGAAAAGAUGACAAGAUAAUUUUGAAAAGGGGUGUAAAUCAGUUUAUCCUCGAUGUUGAUCGAUAUCUGGAUCAGAUAUCCAAGAUGGUUCCGGAAAUCGCAUUUGGCAAACGUACUCGGGUUUCUCUGGAUAUUGGCUCUGGUGUUGCAAGUUUCGGUGCCUAUUUAAUGGAGAGGAAUGUGACCACUCUGUCUAUAGGUGAGAACCAAAUUCAGUUGGCUCUAGAAAGAGGUGUACCUGCCAUGGUAGCAGGAUUCGGAGCUCAUUCUUUACCUUUCCCAAGCCAAGCAUUCGAUCUAAUUCAUUGUUCUAGGGAGAUCAAUUGGACUCGUGAUGAUGGUGUUCUUCUUCUUGAGACGAAUAGAAUUCUCCGAGGCGGAGGAUACUUUGUAUGGGCAUCGGAGGUAGUUUAUAAAUCUCACGAGGAAACGGCAAAGCUAUGGAAAGAAAUGGAAGAACUAGCUGCCAAUAUUUGCUGGAAUCUCGUAAAUAAAGAAGGUUAUGUUGCUAUUUGGCAGAAACCUCGAAACAAUAGUUGCUACCUCAACCGCGACGCUGUCGCGCAGCCUUCAAUAUGUGGAAUUGACGAAGAUCCAGAUGAUAUACGGCAUGUUAAUCUGAAAAAAUGCAUUGCCCGUUUACCUGAGAACGAUUAUGGUGCCAAUGUUACCGACUGGCCUGCUCGCCUACACAGUCCGCCGGAUAGGCUUUUCAGCAUACAAAUGGAUGCAGUUAAAUCCAGAAUGGAACUAUACAAAGCAGAUUCGAAAUACCAAAAUGAUAUCGUGCAAGGAUACAUAAGCGUAUUUCACUUAAAUGAGCUGAAUAUUCGAAAUGUUAUGGACAUGAAAGCUGGAUACGGAGGGUUUGCAGCAGCUUUACUCGAUUUACAGGUCGAUUGCUGGGUGAUUAAUGUUGUUCCAGUCAGCAGUUCGAAUACUCUCCCAGUAAUAUACGAUCGCGGCCUAAUUGGCGUAAUGCACGAUUGGUGUGAGCCGUUCGACACUUAUCCUAGAAGCUACGAUUUUUUGAAUGCUGCCGGGCUUUUCUCUGUCGAGCGGAGAAGAUGCAACAUAACGAGGAUCAUGUUGGAGAUGGAUCGAAUGCUACGGCCUGGUGGACGGGUGUACAUUCGAGACACCAUUGUUGUGAUCUAUGAGCUUGAAGAAAUUGCAAAGGCAAUGGGAUGGGUGACCUUCAUGUUCGACUCUGAAGAAGGCCCUUAUUCCCACUGGAAACUUUUGAACUGUGAGAAAAGGUUGUAAGAUAUGUUUGGAUUUGUACAAUUCUUACACUGCCAUUUACAACAGCUAGGGGUGUUCCUGAUUGUUUUUUUGUAACCAUAUAAUUGUCCUAUCUUAUUUUCUUUUAAAAAAACAACUCAAAUACAAUAUUGGAUUGUUAUACAUACUGAAUUAUUAAACAAAUCAUAUUGCGAUAUUAUGAAUUUGCUCUUUCAAGCAAUUAGUAAUUUUGAGCCACACUGAAAUCAGAUACAGACAAUUUGGACAU